AUGAAGGUCUCCACCAUUCUUGUUUUCCCUGCCCUUGCUCUUGGAGCUGCUACGCCCAAGCUCUCCGUUUCUUCCAUCGACCCUGCCUGUCUUGAGAGUAUCACCAGCGUCGCGGACUGCAUCAAGAACCUCGAGCCCACCGGCGCCGCUGGUCUUACGGAUGUCGCAACUUGUCUCGCCGAGAUUGUUGCGGGGAUCCAAAAGUGUAUCCCUGGUGUCCCUGGCGGCUUGCCCUCUGGUCUGCCAACUGGCAUCCCUACUGGCCUGCCUGUUCCCCUGCCCACUCCUCUCCCGGGUGGUCUUCCUUCAAAUGGUACCCCCGUAAUCCCUGGCCUUCCUUGA